AUGGCACACUUUGAUCCUCGAGUCCGAGACUUGGAAAGCGGGCUGGACCUUGCUCUCACGGCAGCUUGGACAAUCAUCGAUUCAAAAGCCAUGCCAAUCCUGUUGGAGGGCAUUCUUCUACUAGGUAACUCCGUCAAUGCAGCCUCCAAGAACUUGGGUGGAGCUGUCGGGGUCACUUUAGAAUCCUUAACCAAGCUGGCACAUACUCGGUGCUUGCCAGCCAAGCAGGCGGCUGGCAGCAAGCGGAAGUCUUCCCGAGUGGAAGUGCAUUGGAGGUUCUGGCAUUACAUUUGGAUCAGGCCAACGAAGGCUUUAUUUGCAACCUGA